AUGCUGGCGUAUAAUUUGUCUGAAGACCACAAACCUCAUCUUGAGGCUGAGAAAGAAAGGAUAUUAAAAGCUGGUGGUUAUGUUCAAUGUGGACGGGUCAAUGGGAGUUUAAACCUGGCAAGAGCUAUUGGUACUUCACAUCUGCUUUAUAUAUUUCUUGAACAUUCCUUUCCUUUCCUACUUUUUGUUAAAUUGUAA